CUGCGCGGCGUAUCGCCGGCGUGCCUAUAAAUGAGCUGACCCGCCCCGUCGAACCCCCUAGGCUCCAUCGCGUUCAUCCCCCACCAAGCUAAGCUAGCUUCGAUCCGGGAAACCACCUGCUAGAUCGAUCGUUUGGGAGAAUCCAUCCGUCCGAUCCAUGGGGAACUCGUACAGCGGCGGCGGCCCGUCGGCGGCGGGGCCCGCGCUGGAGGUGCCGCUGCACCUGUGCUUCUUCCUGCUGGUGCUGCUCCUCUUCCUGGGCUUCUCGUGGUACACGAGCUACGAGUCGGCGGCGGAGUCGUUCGCCAGCCAGGCGCGCAUCCUGCUCAUGGCGUCGCCGUUCGCGCUGCUGCUGGCCGUGCGGCUGCUGUCGGGCGCCUCGGCGGGCGAGGGCGGCGGCGCGGGGCGGCGGGGCGUGGGCGACCUGCUGGCGGUGCCCAUGCCCGAGCGGGACUCCAUCCACCGCGCCGGCGGGUCGCCGUGGGGCGUCGGGCUCCUGCUCCUGCUGCUCCUCGUCAUGGUCUCCUACCAGUCCAACUUCCGGGAGAAGUGGUUCCCGCUCGCGACCAGGUGAUCAGAGUUCCGAUCCGGUUGCUGCCCGAUCAAUAUCGAUCCAUGUAAACAAGCGGCGCUCUGGAUGGUUUUGCGUCCUCUAUCUGUAUGUAACUGUAAGAGUGUGCUGGCGGUAUGCCAUGUCCAAUUGUCAAUGCAAGUAUGCAACGAGAAUCAACGCUGUACCGUAUUCCUGCUC